CCCCUCAAGCGCAUAUUUGGGACAGAGUUUGAAGCUCUCAGUUGAUCUCUUGAAGAGCCUGUUAUCUUGACACCCUCUCGCCUCUCUUCGUUCUGCAGUUAGGCAAGAUGGAGAAGGCCUUCCUCUCCCUUCUUGUCCUUGUGAGGGUCUUGGGGUCUUUUGGCCAGCAAGGUUCGGGCCUCGCUGGGAAGCAGCUCGUUUUUCCACAGGCAUCAAACUCUGCCCACGUGGUUCUGAAGGCCGCCCCAAAGUGGCCCUUGACCAGCUUCACCCUCUGCCUGGCCCAUUUCACAGACCUCAACCACCCCCACACCUUCUUCUCUUACGCCACCCGGGGAAGUUUCAAUGAGAUCAUCCUCCUCAAAGAAAAAAACAACGUGUACGGAUUUGCAGUAGGGAAUGAAGCAGUGACCUUCACGGAUCCGGAAAAAAAAUCGCUCGGCAGGGAGACCUUGUGCGCGACUUGGGAUUCUGCUACCGGUUUAGCAGAGUUGUGGGUGAAUUCAAAGCGCAUGCCCCGCAAGGGCCUGAGGAAAGGGUACUCCAUAAGUGGGGAGCCGUCGAUCGUGCUCGGUCAAGAGCAAGACAUGAUGGGGGGUGGCUUUGACAUAAACGAUUGCUUUGUGGGGGAGCUCCAGGAUGUGAGAAUGUGGGACCGGGUGCUCUCCAGCGAGGAACUGGAGCUCGCUUUCCUCAACCAAGACAUUCCUGGCGACUACGUGUUUGACUGGAAAACAGUCGAUUAUGAAAUCAAGGGUUAUGUUAUUGUUAACCCCGUGGCCUACUGAGGCAGGGGUUACCUGAAAUCCAAGAUGCUGGUCUAAGAAAAGGUCUCUCUGUGUGUGACUUUUAUUUACUUAGCGAUUCCUGUAUUGAUCUCUGAAGCUUGCUGCAGAUUUUUUUGGGGGUGUGUGUGUGUUGCAAAAUUCAAGGAAAUGUUCAUUUCAAAUGAUACCUGCAUCUUGGUUCCCGAAUUGUUCUGUGAAGUGCAGUUAGGGUAAUACAAACCAAACUAAAUUUCGAACUCCAUCUGAAGUAUCCUCUUGGGACAAGAAGGGUGUGGAAGGAGGUUUUGGGGAGGUCUUUUCCUGGGAAACAUUGCGUAACAAUUGGCAGCUGGGGGCGUUUCUAAAAGAAACUUGACCGAAACAGAAAAAGGUUGUAAAAAUCAGAUGUAAUCUUUUAUGGAGAAAGAAGAAUUGACAAGAGGUUUGCACUCCUUAUAUUACCACUUUUGUGGAGAUUGUGGAGAUUUUGCAGCCCCUGGACUUCUCCUGAGCAUGCUGGGCGCCUCAUAAAUAAGAAGAUGUAGGGGAAAGAAUGUGAGAUGUGAUACACAAGUAGCAGUCAAGUACAACAUUCCUUGUUUUCCUAGAGUGGACAUGCGAGGGAAUGUUUGGUCCAAUUGGUUGAAAACUUCCUGUUUCCUCUUGACUGGGACAUACUUCCUUUUGCAUGUGACUAGAGGGGUGUGUGACCUUACCUGCCCAGGUAAAAAAAGGGCAAGGCUCGCAGCACACUCUCUUCUUUGCCUCUCUUCUCCAUCUUGCUUUCAUCUUGUGAGCUGCAUUGACUGCCAGUCUGCAGUCACUGGGACUACUCCCCCCCCCCCAAUAUGGGGUAGAUCUACAUGUAUAUACUUUGUAACUAAGUCUGCCUUCAGGGAUCCAACUGUGAACUGAUGGUGAGUAAACUCCUUUGACAUACUUUACACAAGAUUGUGGCGUGCUUAUUCUUUUAAGGGGACUUACCAGGAACCUAAUAUUGAGAGGCUUAAACAAGCCUGCAACCAGCUAUCUGCUGUGCGUUUAAAGGGGAAUAUAAACUCUGCUAAGUAAAGGAACUUGCUAGCGCAAGUUAGGAAGGAUAUUAAUAAACAAUAUAUCCUCUCCCGCCUCCCUGAGCAUUCCCACAAAGAAAUUACAGCUGCCAAUGCUCCAUUGUUUUUCUUGAAGGUGCCCUCAGCUCUGUAGACAGGCAACAGGGCAGGUGUGAGGCGCACUUUACCUUUGGUCUCCGAAUAUGGCCAUUCCCCACUACAACUCUGUGAGGUAGGCCAGGCUCUGAGUGGUUGGCCUGAGGUCACAUGGUGAGCUUCAUGGUAGAAUGGCAGUUUUAACCCUAUUCUCCAUCCCACACUCUCAAAAAUAAGGCGAGGAAGGGAAUAAC